ACAUACUGCGCGAAAAAAAAACCAACAACAAAGAGUGAGAGAGACGAGAAAGCGGCCUAUAAAAACCAAAAACCAACGCUCUAAACCACCUCUCUAUAUCUGAAACCUCUUGUCUCUGUCAUUGUUCGAUCUCUUCCUUUCUAGGAAUGGAUUUACCACCAGCACAGCCUUCGCCGGAGCUAGACCUGGACAACCUUAGAGCCCUCAAAGUUCUGGGUAAAGGCGCCAUGGGCACGGUCUUCCUCGUGCACGAUCGGACAGCGGAUCCCGCUGCCCGCUGCCCCUUCGCUCUGAAGGUUGUCGAGAAGGCCUCGUUCCACACCAAGCUUGACGCGGAGCGACGGGCCCGGUGGGAAAUCAGGGUCCUGUCCAGACUAUCUGACCCGGCCCAUCCCUUCCUCCCCUCCCUACUCGGCUCCUCCGACUCUCCGGAAUUCCUCGCCUGGGCCGUCCCUUACUGCCCCGGCGGCGACCUCAACGUCCUCCGGUACCGUCAAAACGACCGCGUUUUCUCCCCCGCCGUUAUCCGUUUCUACUUGGCCGAGAUCGUCUGCGCUCUCGACCAUCUCCACCGCAUGGGCAUCGCCUACCGCGACCUCAAGCCCGAGAACGUCCUCAUCCAACACUCCGGCCACGUGACCCUCACGGACUUCGACCUCUCUCGUAGCCUCGCCCCCUCCACAGUCAAAACCGUCAUUUCCACCCCCGAGGCGGUUGAGGAUCCCCCGGAGCUCCGACGCAAACACCGGAGCCACCUGCCACGCUGGAUUUCCAUCGUCCCCGAGAGUAAGCACAACAACAAGAAUAAUAACAAGAAGGGGUUGAAGAAGGCCAAGUCAGCACGUGUCAGCCCGGUGAGUCGACGCAGACCAAGUUUCUCCAACGGCGAGCGGUCCCACUCGUUCGUGGGGACCGAGGAGUACGUGGCGCCCGAGGUGGUUCGAGGGGACGGCCACGAGUUCGCCGUUGAUUGGUGGGCUCUGGGGGUGCUCACCUACGAGAUGCUCUACGGGACGACGCCGUUUAAGGGCAAGAACCGCAAGGAGACGUUUCGGAACGUGUUGUUCAAAGCGCCCGAGUUCAUCGGUGAGCGCACAGCCCUCACUGGCCUGAUCGGACGGUUGCUGGAGAAGGACCCCACCAGGCGAUUGGGCUACCUCGGGGGCGCGAGCGAGAUCAAGGACCACGUGUUCUUCCGCGGGGUCAGGUGGGACCUACUGACGGAGGUCUUACGGCCGCCGUUUAUUCCGUCCAGAGAGGAGGACGAGGACGAGGACUCGACUGACAACGUAACGGCUUCCACCGGAGGGGUCGACAUCAGGGAGUACUUCCAAAAAUUGAGAUCUCCGCCGUCGAUCCCGCCGUCACCGUCAUCCGAGCGUCAUAGGACGGUGUCCUUAUCAGAGUUCUAGUACGCCCACGUGUGGGGACUCGCACGUGUAAGAGUUAAAUUUUCCGUUUCGGCUCUGUAUUUUUGUGUAUAUAUAUAAAAUAACGGUAGAACGUGGAAGACGGCGUUAGUGAAGAUUAGUUGGCGCUAAGCUAUGAUUUAGCUAGAGUUGUAUUAUACAGUUGUUCAUACGGUUACACCUUUCUGAGUUUCUUCGCGUGUUUGGCGCGUAUCUUUUACGCCCCGCUAUUGGCUGGAAUAGAAAUUGCAAGGAAAUGUACGUAGGAGAUAUACAAUUUUUUCUUUUCCUUGGGACACAAAAUUAUGCCUCUUUGGAUUUGUGCAUA